UAUGUGUACACUACAGCUGUUUUCAUUAAAUGCAUGAAAAUUGUAUUUGUUACAUAUUAAUUUGUUAUAAAAUAUGCAAUGUUUAAGUAAUACUUGAAAUGUUUUCGCCAUACGUUAUAAUGAAAAUGGACAAGACUACGACUCAUAAUCUGAAUGGAGUUAAUGAUGCAAAACCGGUGAUACAUAAAGAAAAAGUAAUGUCGUAUGAAGAGAAAUCGGUAGGGUCAACAGCAUUCUUCAAAUGUGAGGCUUGCCCAUACAUGGCGCUUGCUGAAGAUGACAUAAAAUUCCAUUUGUUUACUGUCCACCCAGACCUUGCUAAGAGCAACGGCCUUGCAGACAACAUACAGAUUCCAUGCCCAGGUUGUAACAGUAUUUUUGACGCCGAAGAGACGCUAAGAACCCAUUUACGCAAUCACCACAAGAUGGGCAUCAAAGAUGUGAAGAAAAUGGUUAAAAGUUUAGUGCAAAUUGCUUUAAAAAAUUCAAAGUUAAAAAGGGACCAUGAUGAUGUCAGUACCACAUCGACAGCACCUAGCACACAAGAAAUGAGUGAUGUAAAAAUACCACAGGUGAUUGAAAUAGUUCCCGAUGUUGUAACUACCAAUAAUGACUUGCCAAAAGGUGUUGCAUUUAUCUCAGUAGAUGAGUUGAAUAAGAUGAGUACACCCAACUUUGAGAAAAUAGAUCCGAAAGAAAUCAUUCAAGAAGCCAGCAUUAAUAUUGUGUACACGAAUGAAGUGUCCACGCAGUAUGUUAAUGUAACAGAUGAAGCAACCACAAGCACAAGCUGUAACCUUAUACAGAUGUCAAGUGUUACACCUGAUUUAAUUUCAUCCGUUCUCCCUCGAGUUGGAAACGAAGGGAACAAAUUGACAUCACCGUCGAAAGACAAUAUAGAGUUAACGAAGAUGUCAGUUCAAAAUUUAAAUAACACGAUUUGUGAGGACACAAAGAGAAAGGACAUUGAGAAAAGAUUAGGCAAGUUGUGUUCAGUAAUUGGCUGCCACACACGUUUGAAGGCUGAUGAUAAGCUAACAUAUCACACAAAAUGUCACCAGAAUGGAAAAUUGGUUUGUCUGGAAUGUGACAAAGUGCUGCUUACUGUGGAAGCCCUGCACACACAUUUGUGGAAGGAACACAAGGUGGAUCUUGAAUUGCCCACAUGUGAGAUCUGUGGUUUCAAAACCUACAAGAGGUAUAGGCUUCUCAACUUGCAUAUGAAAUGCCAUGGUGUCGUUAAUAAUUACACAUGUUCAAUAUGUUUAAAGGUAUUUAAAAAUGCAAACCAACUCUCAAAACAUAAGUUGUUUCACAAGGAACAAAAUGAGCCUGUGCAGUGCUCAAUCUGUCAGAAGGAAUUCAACGAUCCCAGGAAACUCAAGGUCCAUGUGACUGCUGUACAUGAGAAACUGAAACCAUUUAAAUGCAUCUACUGUAACUACACUUCAGCUAGGAAGAACGAGAUGAGACUGCACUCACGAUCACAUACGGGUGACAAACCGUAUGCGUGCAGCCAGUGUAGCUACAGAUCUGCAGAUCACAAUGCCUUGCGGCGACACAAGAAGCAACAUACCAAGGAGGGUGUAUACAAGUGCAAAUACUGCCCAUACACGGCCAUACAGUCGACCUUGUUCGCUUCACACAUGAUCUCGAAACAUCCUAACGUUAAUUCCGAUGACAUCCACCAAUGUCCCUAUUGCAAAUUUAAAACUGUCAACAAGGAAAAGUAUGUACUCCAUCUAACUACACACAGAGAUAAAGAAGGCAUACAACUACUAGUUGACAUGAUGAAGGUCAAAACAAACAAACCAAGUUGGAAUAUACCCAGUGGCACAGCAGAGAUUCCUGUCAAUGAUGUUCCAAUUGAGAAUGAGCAAAACAAAGAGAUUAGUCCUAAAACAGUGAACACUAUACCUAUAGAAAUAUACGAUUGUGAUAGUUUUUCAGAAAGUAUACCGCAGGAUUACUCGAAAUCAUUCUGUGCGUCGUCAACAAGUGAAGUGCAGCCAAACGAUUUUAAUAAUCAAGUAAUUGUCACAGAUUUGAGCAAAGAUGACAAUAAUUCAGACUGUCUCAUCUCUGAGAGCUCCAACGAUACUUUGAUGGACAGACAUCAGUUCACACAACAACACCCUCUGGAGAUUACUUAUGAUAACUCUCAAUCUAAUAUACAUGGUUUUCUCAACACAUCUGUAUCGAUGGAACAGACCUUAUUGCAAAAUAACAAUGUAAACUCUUUAGCUUCUAGUCAUUCUCCUAUUAGUAACAGUAUAGGGAACAAUAUCAUGGGUAAUUUUCCUAUCAGGCUGCCACCUGUCCCACAAAUAUCAGUACGAAACAACAUAAUGCUCAAACCUGUAGAUAAAUUAUCGUUUCCCACUAAAGUUACUGGUCCCAUUAUAAAACCAACUCAAAUACUACCAGUGCCGUCUUCAAGUAAUUCGCCCGUUAAUAUUUCUAACGAACCUGAGGGAGUGCCAAGGAAAAAACCUAAAAUAUCAGUAAAAAGUAAUUUAAUCUUGAAAGGGCCAGACGAAGAGAACAUGUUUCAUUCACAACAAAAAAUGGCAUUCAAGAGAUUAGAAGACAACGAACGGUAUGGAUUAGGCAACCCAGUGACAUUCAACAAUUUAAUUACUAAGCAGUUCAUGCAGUUGCCACCAGAACCAGUUCUUAGUGAGUCACCGAAUGACAUACUACCUUAUGCGCAGGAGACAAUGUUGGACGAUCCCUCGACAACCCCUGUCGACAGCGGCAUGAACGACGACUCACAGAUAUUCACUUUCAAUCAACAAAUGAAUGUGAACCCUAUAAUAUUGCUGCCUCCACCGCAAAAGAUACAGAAUAACGACCCAAGUUAUAUUAAAUUAGAAUCGACAAUAAAACAGAAUACACAAUCCCCGAGUUUGGAACGCAUGUGCAAUGCGAAUAUACUGACCAAUCAAGCUAUAAGUAGGGAAUACAAGGCCUCUCCCCCUCUUGAGGAUAUUCAUAAAAAUAUGAAUGAAAUAAAAAACGAAGUGAAAUCGGAUGCUUUCUACAACUUACCAAUGAGCAACACGUCAGCUAAUCCACUUACAAUCGACCUGUAUUUAACAGACAACCUCGUUGGAGAGCAGUAUCCGGGACACUUGGAUCUGUCUGCGGUGGUGCUUCCGGAAGUAUCUGAUGAUCAACAGAACGAUGUUAUAGAAAUAGACGACAACUCUGACGACAAUAAACUAUUGCCGAGGUACGACAUGAAUUUCCCUCUAGAAUCUCUUUACUUAAUGCCUGAUUUCCACUUUUUAGAAAACGAUUCACCAUCCACUAGUAUACCUACCAAUGUAGCUGUGAAUGAAAUGAAUAGACUGAUAACUGAGGUACCAAUUGUAAAUCAGAAAGAAACCGUCGACGCGGCAACGCUAGAUAGUUCCGGCAACGAUUUCCUAAGCUUCAUACAAGGAAAGAAAGAUCCCAUGAUGAACACAUCAGUUAGGGUUUGCACUAACAAAAUUAAUGUAAAAAAUAUAGAGUUAAUGAAAAAUUAAAUAUGUAUUUAAUUAGAAUAUUUUAUAGGCACAAUGAAAAGA